AUGACAGACAAGAACGAUCUUUUGAACAUUCCAGAGACCCACAUUAAGCUAGUAGAUCCAAAUGAAAACACGUACUUUGGACGCGUACAUAAGACGUUUUACAUGCUGGACUUCCGCACAGCUUUCACGACGGAAAAGGCGCUGCAGGAUGCAAAGCAACACGUGUCGAUGCAUCGCCGUGGAGAAUUUGUAGAUCCCAUGAAGCUUGAGCAUGCCCAGUACGUGACAAACGCGAUCCUUCACCCCGACACGGGUCUGCCCGUCUUCACACCGCUACGUGCGUCUAUGAUCGUGCCCAUGAACAUGAUCAUGGACGGUGCCAUGCUGUUGGCCAACAGUACCAGGACCACUAUCUUCGCUCAGUGGUUAAACCAGACGUACAAUGCAUUGCACUAUUACGCUAAUCGCAACGCCUCGAAUGAGGACACGGCACAACAGCGUCUUGUAGCGUACGUGGGUGCUACAGCCAGUUCAGUAGGUGCAUCUCUCGGUAUCCGACGCUUGGUCGGUCGAAUGAAGGGUGGCAAGUGGGCGCCUGCUGUUGCUCGUAUGGGGCCGUUUGCUGCUGUCGCUGCUGCUGACUUAAUCAAUAUGGCAGUCAUGAGACAAAGCGAGUAUCGUAAUGGAGUUCACGUGUACGACGAGAACGGAGACCACGUGGGCAAGUCGAAGAGGUGUGGAGCACUAGCAGUCGCUUCAUGCGUGACGGGGAGGAUCUUUGCAGCUGCACCUAUCUUACUACUUCCACCACUGGUGAUCUCAGGGAUUGAAAAGCACAGCAUGUUGUUCACGCGACCAACGACACGGUGGCUGCGUGUUCCUACUCUACUGGGACUUGUAGGCUGUGCAAUUCAGUUUUCAGUGCCACUGACAUUCGGACUGUUCCGCCAGACUGCACAACUCGACUCCAAGUACCUAGAGUCAGGGCUGCAGCAGGCUACGCGUAAGCAGGAUGGCCAACCUGUGCGUGUCGUCACGUAUAACAAGGGCAUUUAA